AUGCUUUCUCUUUCUUUCGCGCCCCUGGUGGGCCGUGUCCUCCCCUUCUUUUUGUUUCCUGCCGUUCUUUCGAAGCCGGCAUCUUUUUCUGUCAGCAUCCGUGGCGGCGGCGCGAAGUUUGUCGACGGUGCGCUCACCGCAGACAACAUCGGUAUCAGCACGACUGACAAUACUGGGUACUUCACCGAGGUCACCCUGGGAGGGCUCAAUUUGACUCUGAACCUCGACACGGGCUCUUCCGACCUUGUAGUAAUCCGUCAAGGGCGAGACAUCAACUUGACGAACUCUACAACCGUUCAAGCAACGGAGGGGUUCGGUAUCGGAGAUGCCACAGGCAAUGUCGCAUUUGCAGAUCUGCAACUCGGGGACUUCACUAUCCAGAGUCAAGCCUUCGUCGAUGUCACACAAGCACAGGACCUCGGCUCAAGCGGGGACGGCAUCAUCGGAAUGAGCUUCAACGCUCCCUCCGCCGUCAUUGGCUCGCUCACCCAGGCGUUCGGCGCAGACGCCGCCGCGCAACUCGGCAACACCCCGAUGCCCGCGCUCUUCUCUCAGCAGCAGGACCUCCCAGACAGCUUCGACGUGCUGCUGGGCCGCGCGGACGAGCUCGGCGACGCCGCACAAGGCACAUUCCUCAUCGGGGAGCACGACGACAACUUCCAGAGCGUCACGGACGCGCCGCAGCUCACGAGCGUGAGCACGGACCACUGGAGCGUGGUCCUGGACGCGAUGAACAUCAACGGGAAGCCCUUCCAGUUCAACGCGUCGCGCAUCCAGGGUGUCCCCGCUGGCAAGGUCGCGGCCGUCCUCGACACUGGGUUCUCGUUCCCGCCGCUGCCGCCUCCUGCAGUGGACGCGAUCUACUCCACGAUCGAGGGCGCCGUGUUCGACAGGAACCAGAGCUUGUGGGUUGUGCCCUGCAACUCGAGCUUGAGCUUGUCCUUCGUUUUCGGCGGCCAGGAAUACUUCGUCCACCCUCUCGACCUUACGUUCCCCGUGUCAGGUCCCUUGGAUGGCCCCGGGUCCCAGAACGUCACCGUGUGCGUCAACACGUUCCAAUACCUCACGCUCGACCCCACGAAGUUCGUCGGCUUCGACCUCAUCCUCGGGGACGCUUUCCUGCGGAACGUCUACGCCUCGUUCAACUACGGAGACCAGAACACGAAUCCCUUCGUGCAGCUCGUCACCACGACGCCCGACCCGAACACGGCGAUGCAGGAGUUCCAGCAGCAGCGCGGGGCGACGCUCGCGAAGCUGCCGCCGACGGUCGACCCCUCAGCGUCGUCGACGAGCUCGGGAGCGUCGAGUACGUCGACGGCGCAGAACGGGCAGGCUACGGACGCGAACAAGAAGAACGGGGCUGUGAGGGCGAGUGCUGUGUGGACGGGCGUGUGUGGGGCCUAUGUCCUGUACAUGUUUUCGAACGUGUUCAUGUUGUAA